AUGAAAGUUCUCGAAGACGUCGAUGGCGCCCAGGAGUCCAAGACGGCUAUCGCGAAAAGGCAUGGCAUCCCGAAGUGCACCCUUUCGAGGAUUUUGAAAGAUCGCGAAAAGAUUCAAAAGGCUUACAACAGCGGCGCUUUCACUCCCGGUAGGAAAAGGAUGCGUCUGGCCGACCACGAGGACCUCGAGAAAGCACUUUUCCUGUGGUUUAAGCGCGCGCGAAGCUCCAACCUUCCAGUGACCGGGCCUAUUUUGGAGGAGAAAGCAAGAGACAUCGCACUCCAAAUCGGGAUUGAAGACUUCAAGUUCAGUGACGGCUGGUUAAGCCGUUUCAAAAAGCGCCAUGGCCUCGUCUUCCGCACUAUAGCAGGUGAGAGUGCCGCGGUAGAUCUGAAUGUUUGCGCCGACUGGCAGCAGCAGAAGCUCCAAGACGUCCUCUCAACUUAUAAGCCCAGCGACAUCUUCAACGUGGACGAAAUGGCGCUUUUUUUAUAA